AUGGAUGAAGAAAACAGCAAUAUUCAUGUUGCAACUGUUGCUGCACUUGUUCUUACUGUAGGUUUCAUGUUAGGUGUCUUCGGUGAUGCUUCUCUUGGAAUGUCUCAUAAAGUCCAGUGGAUUGCAGCUCUAAUUGCAGCUGUUAAUUAUUGGCCUGAUAAUACAGUUGAAGGAAAGUUUUUUUUUUUUUUAAUUUGGUUUCUUUUAUGUCUUCUCAAUCCUUUUUACUCUCUCGCACUUUGUUAUUUUCCUCUCAGAAUUGUAUCAGGAGCAUGGCUUCUCUUUAAUAAAUGUCUCAUGCUUCAAGUUCAGGAUGUUCACCGCUAUGCUUCAUUCUCUGAGAUGUUGGAAGCAGAGAGCCUUGCAAAAGUCCUUCCUGGGGUAAAAACCAUUGAUGAAGGUGUUGAAGUUUACAGAAAGUUUUAUGCAGAAGAGAAAGAGAGAGCUAACGGUGUCCUUGCUAUUUGUGUUGCAAACUCAACUGCUCAACCCUACAUUCCUCUGGCUAGAAUACUCUCGGGAUUGAGUUAUAGAGGUGUUCAGUGCGUUUUGAGUCUCCAGCAGCUUCCUGGAAGGCUGGAACAGUGCCAGAUGAUUAGUAGAUGAUGCAAAAUCAGCUAAUAUUCUUCACCUUGAUUUAUGAUUUAAAGGGAAGCAAUCGAGAAGCUGAAGUAACUCAUUCAAGUUCCUCGAUGGUCAUAUAAAUUAAUUGAUGAUUUGGAACAAGUACCACACAAUCAGUGUAUGAUAAUGACUUAGCAGUUUGAUUUUCUGAGGUAGAAAUGUCAAAGGGUUUGCUAGGUAAUAAUAACUGUUUUAAUAGCUUUCAGUUGUUCUAUUAGCUAAUUAAUUAGUUGUUACCUAUUAGCUUUUAGUUAGUAGUCUGCCAAAAUAUUACAUUUGUAAGUUAUAACUGUACUUGAAGGUCAAACAGGAGAACCCGCCAAAUGCUGUGGGCUUAUCUUUAUUUUUUUUAUGGUUAAUAAUAUUUACCAAUUCGUAAA